AUGAGUAAAUCCGUCAUUCCAUUAACGAUUAUUUUAGUAGGAGGUUCUGGAGUUGGGAAAACUUGUUUGGCUAAUCAACUUGUCAAUAAAUGUUUUGAUGAGUCAACAGAAUCUACAUCUGGAACAGAUUUGUUCAGAUAUAAAAUGGAUCUUGACCAAUGUGUUGUUGAUUUGACAUUAAAAGAUACUUGUGGUCAAGAGCAAUAUAGAUCUCUUGUUGCACAAUUUUAUAGAGAAACUCAAGGUGCAUUAAUUGUUUAUGAUAUUACUAGUCGAGAUAGUUUUGAAAUUGUACAAGAUUGGAUUACUGAUGUUUGUUCAUAUUGUCCUCAAGGUGUUAAAGUCAUGAUUGUUGGUAAUAAGAUUGAUUUGGAAAUGGAAUCUAGAGAAGUUUCAUAUGAAGAAGGGAAACAAUAUGCCAAUGAACGAGGAUAUGAAUUUUUUGAAACAUCUGCUAAAUUGAAUGUUAAGGUUGAAGCUGCAUUUAGGGGGUUGGUUCAAAGUAUUUUACAAUCUCGUAAUUUCCAAACAGAAGUUCAAACAACUACAAAUGAACCAACAAUCAAACUACAAAAACAAAGUACUAAUAAAACACAAGAACAAGUUGAACAAGAAAAGAAAGAUGGGUGUUGCUAA